AAUCAAAUCAAAACUUGAAAAUUAAAAGAGAGAGAGAAAAGACUUUGGAAGCUAUACCCUUCCUCUCUCUUUUUUCAAAUCUCUGAAUUGUCGCAUAGAUCUACACGUCCUCACAUCUUGAUUUCGUUUGGAUCUAUCGUCAUCGACCGCCCUUCUUUCUACUCCGGUGUUUUUUCACUGAUUCAAACAAACAGAUCUUACAUUUAAGAGAUGGAGGCGAUCGAGGAGUUGUAUCAGCUCUCAGAUUCCAUGAGGCAAGCGGCGGCGUUGCUUGCCGACGAAGAUGUUGACGAAAACUCGAGUUCCAAGAGGUCUUCUACUUUCCUCAACGUUGUUGCUUUCGGCAAUGUUGGGUCUGGAAAAUCUGCAGUUUUAAACAGUUUAAUUGGGCACCCUAUUCUGCCAACUGGUGAAAAUGGUGCCACCAGGGCUCCUAUUAGCAUUGAUUUACAGAAGGAUGGUUCUUUAAGCAGCAAAUCAAUUAUUCUGCAAAUCGACAACAAAUCUCAACAAGUUUCUGCAAGUGCGUUGCGGCAUUCUUUACAAGAUAGGUUGAGUAAGAGUUCCUCAGGAAAGGGCCGAGAUGAGAUUUAUCUUAAGCUGCGGACAAGUACAGCACCUCCCCUGAAAUUAAUUGACUUGCCUGGACUGGAUCAACGGGUUAUGGAUGAAUCAGUGGUUAGUGAUUAUGCUGAGCGUAAUGAUUCCAUUUUGUUAGUUAUUGUUCCUGCGGCCCAAGCACCUGAAAUUGCUUCAUCACGAGCACUACGCCUUGCCAAAGAGUAUGAUGGAGAAGGUACUAGAACAAUUGGCGUAAUUACCAAAAUAGAUCAAGCUGCCUCUGAGCAAAAAGCCCUUGCGGCUGUUCAGGCUCUCCUGUUAAAUCAGGGACCACCUAAGACGGCUGAUAUCCCAUGGGUUGCUUUAAUUGGUCAAUCGGUUUCAAUAGCUUCUGCACAGUCUGGAUCAGAAAACUCUUUGGAAACAGCAUGGAGAGCAGAGAGUGAAAGCCUCAAAUCCAUACUAACUGGAGCUCCUCAGAGCAAGCUAGGAAGAAUAGCUUUGGUUGAUGCACUUGCACAGCAAAUUCGUAAGCGCAUGAAAGUCCGGCUUCCAAACCUCCUCUCUGGGUUACAAGGAAAGUUCCAAAUCGUUCAGGAUGAAUUGGUAAGGCUUGGUGAGCAGAUGGUCGAGAGUGCUGAGGGUACAAGGGCAAUUGCAUUGGAACUUUGUCGUGAAUUUGAGGAUAAAUUUCUGCAACACAUUACAACCGGAGAGGGUUCUGGAUGGAAAAUUGUUGCUAGCUUUGAGGGAAAUUUUCCGAACAGGAUCAAGCAGCUUCCAAUAGACAGACAUUUUGAUCUCAAUAAUGUCAAACGGAUUGUGUUAGAAGCUGAUGGCUACCAACCGUAUUUGAUAUCUCCUGAAAAGGGUUUGAGAUCUCUAAUUAAAGGGGUGUUGGAGCUGGCCAAAGAGCCAGCACGUCUUUGUGUUGAUGAGGUACACCGUGUCCUAAUAGAUAUAGUUUCUGCUGCUGCUAAUGCUACACCUGGUUUGGGAAGGUACCCCCCAUUCAAGAGAGAGGUUGUGACCAUUGCAAGUGCUGCCUUGGAUGUGUUUAAAAAUGAAGCAAAAAAAAUGGUUGUUGCACUUGUUGAUAUGGAGCGAGCUUUUGUACCGCCCCAGCACUUUAUUCGAUUGGUGCAAAGGAGGAUGGAAAGACAGCGCCGGGAAGAGGAGAUGAAGAAUAGGUCCUCAAAGAAAGGACAUGAAGCUGAGCAGGCGAUACUGAAUAGGGCAACAAGUCCUCAACCAAGUAGUCAGCAAACUGGUGGAACCUUGAAGACAUUGAAGGAGAAAUUUGGGCAGUCUGAAAAGGAGGUGCAGGAGACCCCUGCUUUGAAAACUGCUGGUGCUGAUAAAGAAAUAACUGCAGGGUUCUUGCUGAAGAAAAGUGCUAAAACUAACGGAUGGAGUAGGCGAUGGUUUGUUUUGAAUGAGAAGACUGGAAAGCUUGGCUACACCAAAAAGCAAGAGGAAAAACAUUUUCGAGGAGUCAUCAUAUUAGAGGAAUGCAGCAUUGAAGAGGUACCAGAUGAGGAAGAACCUGCCCCAAAAAGUUCAAAGGAUAAAAAGGCCAAUGGCCCGGAUAAGCAACCUAGUCUUGUGUUCAAGAUAACUAGCAAGGUUCCUUAUAAAACUGUUUUGAAAGCUCACAGUGCUGUUGUGUUAAAGGCUGAGAGUAUGGCCGAUAAGGUUGAAUGGAUGAACAAAUUAUCAAAAGUUAUUCAACCUUCUGUAGGGCCAGUGAAAGGUGUGCCUGAUGGCGGUCCUGGAAUGCGACAGAGUCGUUCAGAUGGUUCUCUUGAUACAAUGGUUCGAAGACCUGUUAAUCCUGAAGAAGAACUUCGAUGGAUGUCUCAAGAAGUUCGUGGUUAUGUUGAAGCUGUAUUGAACAGUUUAGCUGCCAAUGUCCCGAAAGCUGUUGUUCUUUGCCAAGUAGAGAAAGCUAAGGAAGACAUGUUAAAUCAGUUAUAUAGCUCUGUCAGUGCUCAAGGCACAAAAAAGAUUGAGGAGCUACUUCAAGAGGAUCAAAAUGUAAAGCGCAGAAGGGAGCGUAUCCAAAAGCAGUCAUCACUUCUUUCAAAAUUAACACGCCAACUUAGCAUACACGACAAUCGAGCUGCUGCUGCUUCUGAUUGGUCUGAUGGUGGGGCUAGUACAGAAAGUAGUCCAAGAACAAAUGGUUCAGCUGGUGAUGACUGGAGGUCAGCAUUUGAUGCAGCUGCUGCUAGUGGCCCUGUGGACUACAGGAGGUCUGGGUCUAAUGGUCCAGCACAGAACGGUGAUGUGAAUUCUCGAUCAGGGUCCAACAGCCGCCGUACCCCCAACCGUUUUCCACCAGCACCACCACCGUCUGGCUCUGGUUACAAAUAUUAGUGGCUCAUAAUUUCUAAUUAUGGAAAGCCCACUUCACGAUUCUAAGCAUUUAUCAUUUCAAAUUCUACAAUAGUCAUUGAAGCAGGAAGACUAGACGAGAGAUGGUUGUGUAAAUAGGACUAUAGUUGCCUGCUAUAUUUCAGGUUCAACUGUGGAUCGAUUAUUUUUACUCAAAUUUUGUCAUAUUAUUGUUUUUUUUUUCUUUUUUUGGGGGUUAUGAUUUUCUUCUUGUUUAUUCCGAAUUCCAUCCCCACGGAUUUAUUUGAUUGUAUUGACUAUCAUCGACGGUCU